AGAUACGUACAGUGUGUGUGACAGAGCAGAGGAGGGGGAGAGUGAGCGCCGCGGCGAUGCUAACGAGCUAACGCUACUAGCGCGCCCGCAUUCUCUGACAGGGAAAGUGCCUCGAAAAAGCGGCUCGCGCGGGAAAAAGGCGAAAGAACGUGGCAUUGACCGUGUUCAGCUUGUUUCGCGCCCCAACGGCGGUGGCGCGCGUGCCGCGGGCGCGUGCGGUCAUGAUUUGCGAUAGUUUGAAGGUGUUGGGGGGGGCCUCUUCCUCCCCUCCGCCAUUUUGUUCGUGAGGAGCUCUAAUAAUGGGCGCUGAUGCGUCUCACUUCAUUGAUAAUAAGAGCCUUUCGCGGGCAAACACUCCUCAAAGCGGCACAAAACUCGUUUCGUCGCUCGCGCGUUGCGCUUUCAGCCUCGCAUUUAUUCGCCGGCUCGCGGACGAAAGGUCCACGAGAAUUUUGAAGUCCGCGUCAGGCCGUGGACGCAAUGCCAGCGUUAACGUUAAAGAUAAAAGUUUUGCGCGCGGCUCCGGCACACAAAACACGCCGAGUUGAUGGAUUUUAAACUCGUCCUCGGGUUUGAGUUGUCCGUGCGCGGCCGAGCGGCGCUUUGAGGGAAAUAGCGCAAAAAUACGCGAAAGCGAGUCUUGUUGUUUUAAUUUGUUUUUCCACGUGUUUUCGAGGCGUUCGCCGCUCUCAGUACGCGAGACGCAGCCCACGUCUCAUUGUUUUGACCUUCGUCCGUCGCUACUCCGCUUCUCAGUAUGAAAUAUUAAAUGUUUUUGUUCCCGAAUAAAGCACUUCGCCGUAAUUCGAACGCAGCAGGCGCCCCCUUGUGGAGCCCGGGUGUAUUUCACGUUGGAGUCUCGGCUCUCGGUAAAACUUUUGGCAGGUAAAAAGGAGAUUCAGGAAAAUGACAGACACUCCGCCCACCGAUGCCCCUGCCGCAGGGGGAGACUUUGAUAUGAUGAGUGCUCUUGACUGGAAAGAUGGGAUUGCUACACUCCCUGGGAGUGACAUAAAGUUCAAGAUGACUGAGUUUGGGACGUUAGAGAUGGUGACGGACCUGGAUUUGUAUGCAAAGCAGCAGGGUGAGGAUGUUGCAGAUACUCAACCUCACGACCCCUCCCCAUCCCACAGUCCAACCCCUCCACCUGAAAACCUAGAUGCUGACCCAGCAAUCCCAGUGGAACCUGAAGUAGCUCCCCAGGCUGCAGAACAGACCCAGAGUCCUGUGGCCUUAGAAGAGGCCCCCAGUGUAGAGGUGGCUAGCUGUGGGUCCUGCGGGGUCUCUGGCUCCCAGGAGAGUUUCCUUCAGGCCAAGUUCUGUGGCCCAGUCUCCGCCCAUCCAUCUCCUAGCAGGUCGAUCCCAGUUGAGACGAGAGACAAGGUUGGGCCGACAGUGGUUCCCGCAGUGGAGGGCGACAGGUUAGGAAAACGCAUAAGAAGGAAAAGGAAAAUGUACAUGGAUUCAGGAGACGAGGAUGAAGAAAACCCAGAAGAGGAGGAGGAAAAACUCAAGGCUUGUAAAGGAAGACGAGCUGCCAAACUGGCAAGGCUGGUAACUGCCCCACCUGCGAAAAAGAAAGCCUGGAGCUGGGCAGCUUACCUGGAAGAGGAAAGAGCGAUUGCUGCCCCUGCCAAACUUUUUAAGGAGCACCAGUCAAUCCCGCAGAGUCGUAACGGCUUUAAGGUGGGGAUGAAACUAGAGGGCCUAGACCCCUGCCACCCAUCCCUGUUCUGUGUGCUUACUGUAGCUGAGGUCCAGGGAUACAGGAUACGUCUGCAUUUUGAUGGCUACCCUGAGUGCUAUGACUUCUGGGUAAAUGCAGAUUCCUGGGAUGUGAAACCAGCAGGCUGGUGCGAAAAGAAUGGGCAUAAGCUGCUACUCCCUAAAGGCUGCAAAGAGGGGGAGUUCAACUGGAGCACCUAUGUGAAGAACUGCCGAGGCCAGAUUGCCCCAAAGCACCUUUUCAAGAGUCUGAACACGUCAGUGACGCCCUCUGGAUUCCGGCCGGGAAUGAAGCUAGAAGCAGUGGACAGGAAGAAUCCCUCUCUGAUCUGUGUGGCUACCAUUACUGCCGUUGUUGACAACCGCCUCCUCAUCCACUUUGACAACUGGGACGACUCCUAUGAUUACUGGUGUGAUGCCAGUAGCCCCUAUAUUCACCCAGUGGGGUAUUGUGAAGAGGCAGAAUUCACCCUUACCACACCAGCUGAAUACAAACAUCCAAAGAGCUUUUCCUGGGAAAAGUACCUGGAGGAAACUGGUUCACAGGCAGCCCCUGCCCGGGCAUUCAAACAGAGACCUCUUCAUGGGUUCCAAGUGGGCAUGAAGCUGGAGGCUGUGGACAAGAGGAAUCCCAUGCUGAUCCGUGUGGCCACUGUUGCAGAUACAGAUGACCAUCGGGUUAAGAUCCACUUUGAUGGUUGGAGUAAAGAGUAUGAUUACUGGGUGGAAGUGGACAGCCCAGAUAUUCACCCAAUGGGCUGGUGUCAGAAGACCGGUCACCCUCUCCAGACCCCACAUGGUUCAACGGAUGCCUCGAUGCUCCUGGGACAGGGCUGUCCCACAGCAGGGUGCAAUGGAGUGGGCCACAUUCGGGGGCCCCGCUAUGGGACACACUACACGGCUGUUAGCUGUCCGUACUCAGAGAUGAAUCUGAACAAGGAAGGCCUGAUUCCAGACCGCCUGAGUGGAGAGCGACCCAUGGUGCAGGCAGGGCCCCAUCGGGGAAAGCGAUCAGAACCUCCAACACCCACUUCUACCACCCCUGAGCUGCCGGAAGGACCAGAUGACUCGCCCCAGUCCAGCACGGGCAGGAAGUCAUGGAGUGGUGAGGGAGAGCGCUCUGGUCGCAGCAGCGCUCAAAGCCUUUCGGAGCCCUUGCCCUGUGGAGAGGAGUGUCCAGGCAGCAUGGGGGAGCACAGCCAUAAUGGCACAAGGCCCAGAAAGUCUGGAGCCCUUCCCAAGUGUCUGAAGCUGCACUUCGUCAAGCAGGAGGUUGGAGACGGAAAAGAUGGCCCAAUAAGCCUGCAGCAGGCACUGCACGAGUCGGUUUUUGCUCCGUCCUGCUCCUCCAGCCCCACGCAGCGCAUUCAGAUGUGCUGGGAGAAGCAUUGCAAACUGCUGCCUGAGGUGCUGGGCCUCACUGCCAAGAGGGUGGCCAAGUGGAGUACAGAGGAGGUGGCAAGUUUUGUCCGAGGUCUGCCGGGCUGCAAGGAUCACGCAACUGUUUUCAGGAAUGAGCAGAUAGACGGCGAGGCUUUCCUCCUCCUCACUCAGGCAGACAUCGUCAAGAUCCUCAGCAUUAAGCUGGGCCCUGCGCUCAAGAUAUACAACUCCAUUCUCAUGUUCAAGAGUGCAGAUGAAGAUUCAUUAAGCAGUGUGACGACGGCGCAGCUGAUGAUGCCGAAUCCCGCUGUGCCCAGCAGACUGACUGCCAAGGCCCUGGCCUCUGUUCCUCCGAUACACUUAAACCUUGUAGUGGAACCGGCAGUCAUCCGUGAAAGACGACUUCCAGGUGCCAAAACGAAGUAAAGCACAUACUGGACAGGCCGAGGGCUUCGCAUCGAGCACGAGUUCGUUCUUGGACCAUAUGGUGGUGGGUUUGGGCCGAUGGACAGCGAGGCCUCCUGCAUGAGGAGCGCACAACACAAUCCCAACAUCACCUUACGCUGCUUAGCUCAUGUAUAAAUUCUGAACAAAAAUAUAUUACCAGUCACAUUUUGCUGUCUUUAAAAAAAAAAGCAUUGGGGUGCCCAGUGCUCACAAAGUCACCUGCCUGAGUUUGUCAUUUCCUAAUCGCUUGUUUUAUGUUUUAUUUCGUUGCAUUGCAACAUGUGCAGAAGAACAUGGUAAAAGAUGGGGGAGGG